UGGAAAACCCUAAAUUCCCAAUACCACUCUGGAGAAUUAAUGAACCAGAGUUUGUAUUUUUCUCUGUAAUUCUAUAAUUUUUUCUCAAAAAUUUGUGUUAAUUUCGAAGCUUUCUGUGUUCUCUGUAAUGGUGCAGAUUUGAGCUCACAUCACUGCGAUUUUCUCGGUGGCCAAGCUCAAACUGAUCCAAUUUCAUUUCUGGGGUUUCAUCUUUUCACCAUUUCAGACAAAAAAAUUGUGUUUUUAAAGAUUCCUGUAAGACUGUAAAAUUUUCCUGCGCCCAAAUCUGUCUCUUAAAUAAACUUAGCAUUUACCCCCUUUAAAAAAUUCAAUUUUUUGUGUGAUUUUUUUGGUUGACUGGGUGUAGAAGUAUCUGAAUCUUCAAUGGGUAGGGUUUAAGUGAAGUUUUGAGGUUUUGGAGUAUCUUAGUUUUUUCUUUGAUUUGCAUAAAAAUGGAGGGAAGAGAGAAUUUUGGUGUUGUGGUGGGUGAUGAGGCUCCAGAGAGCUUCCAUGUGGCUCCUAGAAUUGAGAACAACUUGGACUUUUCAAGGGCGACCGUGCCGGCGCCGGCGCCACCGACGGAGGGAAAAAAGAAGAGAGGGAGGCCGAGGAAGUAUGGGCCGGAUGGGAAGCCGGCGUUGGGAGCGGUGACGGCGCUUUCGCCGAUGCCGAUUUCGUCGUCGAUUCCGUUGACGGGCGAGUUUUCUGCUUGGAAGAGGGGUAGAGGGAGGCCUGUUGAAUCUAUCAAGAAGUCAUCGUUUAAGUUUGAGGUUGAAAGCCCAGGACCAGGCGAGGGAAUAGCAUACUCAGUUGGUGCCAAUUUCACACCACAUGUGCUCACAGUAAAUGCGGGCGAGGAUGUCACUAUGAAGAUUAUGUCCUUCUCUCAACAAGGAUCACGUGCUAUAUGCAUUCUAUCAGCAACGGGGACAAUUUCAAAUGUUACACUUCGUCAACCGUCUUCUUGUGGUGGUACUUUAACAUAUGAGGGACGGUUUGAGAUUCUUUCCUUGUCUGGUUCCUUUAUGCCAACUGAGAAUGGAGUUACCAGAAGCAGAUCUGGAGGGAUGAGUGUCUCUUUGGCUGGUCCAGAUGGUCGAGUAAUGGGGGGCGGACUUGCUGGUUUGUUGGUAGCUGCUGGUCCAGUGCAGGUUGUGGUGGCCAGUUUUCUUCCUGGUCACCAGUUGGAGCAUAAAACCAAGAAGCAAAGGGUGGGGCAUGUAUCAACUAUUAGCCCUUCACCUGUUAAUCUUAUCACUAGUGAGGAAAUAAUAGUCAGUUUCGGUGGAGUAAAGCCUAUUAUGACACCUGCUGCUUUUCAAGAAGAGAAUAUUGCUUCUUUUAACAAUGGUCAAGACUAUAGAAACUCAUCAGUUGAUGACAAAGAUCCUUUGCCUGAAAAGGAGUCUAACCUAAGCCAAUCAAAUGCUGAGGCUGUAUGCUAAACAAAUUCCCUGUGAAUUGUUUGAUGUUAUGCAGAGUCAACCUCAUUUAGGCUCUCACUCAUGCUUGACUGACAGCUGACAAUUAAUUUACAAAGACAACUCUGAUGGUCAUAUGAGUGUCACACAAUGGUUUUGACUCAACAGUUGCACUCUUUGGUAAUAGGUGUUAGCUGUCAAAUCUGUUUGUUAGGUUUUCCACGUGUCAUUUCUCCAGAUGUAUCUUUAGUAUUGUUUACCCAUUGUUUUAGCAAUUAGAUAUAGGAUAUAUGUUGUGUCAUUUCCCCCCCUUAUUUAUAUUGAUGUUAAAAAUGUGAGUGUAUUAAUGUGAGUGUUUCUGAACUGUAACUCUUAUUAUUUGUUAAAGAAAUUGCAUAUCAGCCUCCUAGGUUUACCUUUUGGUACUAGGAUUCUUUGCUCGAA